AUGGGCUUCGCAAAGAACGGGCCUCAACGGCUUUUGGUCUACGAACAUUUGGGUGGCGGAGAUGUUUUCCGGCGGCUCCAGAGAUGCGCGGUGGACAAUGUGCCCUUCACUUGGCGCGAAAGAAUUAGCGCGGCCUUUGAUGCAUCCUGCGGCUUGUCACACCUUCACAACUCCACUCCCAAGGUCUUCCAUCGAGAUAUCAAGUGCCCCAAUAUCUUGCUGGACAGAAAUGGAACAGCCAAGAUGGCCGACUUUGGCCUUGCUUGUUGCUCCCAUGCCAAAGAGCAGAAGGUGGAACAGGCGGCUGGAACCGUGGGCUAUGCCUGUCCACAUUACGUCAACAAGGGCGUGGUGAGCGAAGGCAGCGAGGUCUACAGCUUCGGCAUCGUCUUGCUGGAGCUCUUGACAGCACUCCAGCCUGCGCAGCUGUCUCAGGGGCCUGAUGGCAAAGAACAGUACCAUUUCCUGGUGACCCACCUGGCCUCCGAAGUCCGGCUCGCUGUGCAAAAUGCCGAUCAGAAGGCGCACUGGCCUCACGAGGUUGCAGCAAGCUUUGGGCAACUGGGUCUUAACUGUACAGAGUACCAAGAGGAGAACCGCCCAUGUUUCACAGAAGUUGUGACUGCUCUUCGGUCGCUGCGGGAUAUAGAG